AUGUGUAAUAACAUUACUCAAUCAACCAAUUAUAGUGACAGCGACGAUGAGAAUAAUGGUAGUGAAAAUGAUAUUAGUGAUAGUGAUUAUGAAGAUGAAACAUCAAAUAAAAUCUAUGAACAUCUUCCAAGUUUAUCUCAAAUAUUGAUAGUAGCACGAUUAAUAGGAAAACGAGAAUAUAUUUUAUGUCGAAAUGGCACAAAAAAAUUUUUCAAUAAAGUCUGUCAAUACCAGGAAUUGUCACAAAUCGAUAAACCAAAUGAUCUUAAUUAUGGAUCGAGAAUGGGUAAAGCAGCAGAAAUAUUGUGCAAACUAGCUGCUAUUUGUGAAAUUAUAAGAAUUUCUAUUGAAGUAUUGGAAUUGCUUCGAAGUCAAAAUCAACUCAAAUAUAAAGAUACAAGUUUAACAUUCAUUCGGAAUGUGACUCGUUUUAUCGAAAAUAAAUAUCCAUCGUCGAACGGUGUACUAGAAAUGCAAUCAUCCAGUUGUAAUCUUGCUGGACGUCUUGUUUGCAGCCACUUAUUGAAAAUGUUGUUAGCAUUAUAUGAUAUUGAACCAAUCGUUCCGAACGUAAACAAAAACAAAAUUGAUUCAAGUUCAAGUAAGUAG